AUGCCUCGCAAAACAGUCCUACAGAGCCGACUGGCAUGCGACCGAUGCCAUUCCCAGAAACUGAAAUGUCCACGACAAGACAAGACCACGAAAGAUCCAGAUGGAACAUCAAAACAACCAGCGGCAUGUGUCCGCUGCGAGCGCGCUAAGGUGCCCUGCGUCUUUAGCCCACGCCAGCGCCGAACCGUGAUUCCAAAGACCGCCGGUGCUUCCAAACCACCACCCAAUCGCGACAUUGCCGACAGUGCCGAUGCUACGCCUGCCUCCACUGGCCCGGCGUUAACCAAGACAACUCCAACGGGGCCUGAGAAUGGGGCAAUAAACUCCGUGGAAGGGGAGAGCGCGUCAUGUAGACUGGAGAACCCCCUACCCAGCACUACUGCCACACCCACCGACACCCAACCCUUUGAUGCCACCAAUCUGGCCCAAGAGUUCUAUGGCUCCUCAUACUUCGACAACAACCAGCUCGACUUACAACAGUCCUCAACUGGCUCCUGUACCGAUCCAUCAACCACCUGCACCGACCUCUGCUCUCUCUCGCUUGACACCACCACAGGCAUAGACUGGGACAACCUCCUCCUCCCCGACCCUCUUCCCCCACCCUCACAAGGCUGGUGCCUCUUGGAUAUCGACAAAUCUCUCCUCCCUGCUCCCGCUCCCGACCCACUUUUCCCGCCUCAUGGCCCUCAACUUCCUCUCGACCUCAUGACCAACUCAAGCCCCAGCGACGACCUAGACCCCAUCCUCUUCCAACCCUCUUCCUCGGCUCCCGUUGACUAUUCGAAUCAACAAGCCCUCACCCCCUACUCCCCCGUCCGCCAACUAACCAACCUCAACGUAUCCCUGUACGAACGCCUCUGCCUUAUCCCACAAAUCUUCAGCAACUGCGGCUUGCCAACCCUCACACUCGUCGUGCGCAUCGACGUCCUGGAGAAGAGGUUACUAGCAAUCGACCACAUCUUCCAGCUAACCCAAGAACUCAUCGACAUCGUCGGCAAACUCUACCCGCGCUCCGUCCCAGUACUAUCCGGCGACGACGCCCCGACCGUCCCUACCACGGGAACGGGAGUGCCGCUGGCCCAAGACCAAGCCACCGUCCUCUUGCUGCUGUCUUGUGCGCAGAGGGUAUGCGACGUCUACGACCUGAUGCUCAGUCACAUGCGCAGAUGCAUGAAGAAGAACUCUCUUCCUCACUUCCCUGAGGAGCUGAAGCCGGUUAGGUUGCCGCCGUUUAGAGUGGCGGGGGAGUAUGUGCCCCCGACGGACAAGGCGGUUACGUUGCAUAUGUUUAUGGUGAUGAUGAUGGCUAGUAAUCUGUUUGAUCAGUUGCAGGAGGUUCUUGGGUUGUGGAGGCAUAACGAGCAGGGACCGCACGCUGGGCUUGAGCUGGUGGAUCUGCAGUAUCCGGACUUUGGGAGGGAGGCGAAGGAGGCCAUCAGGAAGAAAGCGAGAGACGUGACCAUGGAGAUUGUGAGUAUCAGGCAGAUCAUCAUGUCCUUCCCGGGGAUGGGGAUGGAAGAGACGAGACAGGGGAUUUUGGACUUGGGGUCUGGUGGUGGCUCGGUUCGGAAUGGGAUGGGGAAGGUAUUAGGAGAGGCUCGGAGGCUUGCGCUUGAGGGUUGUUCGAAAGUUUGGGACGGGGAGUGUAUUUGA